AUGACCCUCCCGGGCAGCGGUAACUUCAGCGGCUCCAGCAAUGGGUUCAUCCUCCUGGGCUUCCCGAGCCGGCGGGAGAUCAGGCCCCUCCUCUUCUCGCUCUUCUCCGCGUCCUACGCGCUGACCCUGCUGGGGAACGGGGCCAUCGUCUGUGCCGUGCGCCGGGACCACCGCCUCCACACCCCCAUGUAUCUCCUCCUGGGGGGUUUCGCCUUCUUGGAGAUCUGCUACGUCAACUCGGACGUCCCUAACAUGUUGGCCAACAUCUUCUCCGAGACCAAGGCCAUCUCCCUCGCGGGCUGCUUCCUCCAAUUCUACUGCUUCUUCUCGCUGGGCACCACCGAGUGCCUCUUCCUGUCGGUCAUGGCGUUUGACCGGUUCCUGGCCAUCUGCCGGCCCUUGCGCUACCCCUCGGUCAUGACCAAGAGGUCCUGUGCCCACCUGGUCAUCUCCUGCUGGGCGGGCGGCUUCCUCUGGUUCCUCCUUCCUGUGUACCUGGUGGCCCGGCUGCCCUUCUGCGGCCCCAACGUCAUCGACCACUUCUUGUGUGACCUGGGCCCACUGCUGGCCCUGGCGGCCGCCUGUAGCCCCAUCCCGGGCACCGUGCUCAUCUGCGGGCUCAUGAGCUCCCUCCUCAUCUUCGCCACCUUGCUCUUCAUCCUGGGCUCCUACGCGCUGGUGCUCCGGGCGGUGCUGCGGGUGCCCUCGGCCGCCGGCCGGCGCAAGGCCUUCUCCACCUGCGGCUCCCACCUGGCCGUGGUGGCGUUGUUCUACGGCUCCGUCAUGGUCACCUACGUGAGCCCCGGGGCCGGACAGACGGAGGGCAUGGAGAAGUUCACCACCCUGUUCUACUCGGUGCUGACGCCGCUCUGCAACCCGCUCAUCUACAGCCUCCGGAACCAGGAGAUGAAGAACGCCCUCCGGGCCGGGCUGGGGCGGGGCUGGGUCUUAUCCGGGUGGACCCUAGGCCUCACCCAGGCUCCUGUGGACCCUAGUCAGAUUAGCCACGAACUCCCGGUCCAGCCCCGCUCACCCACCCCCUGCCUCCGCUUGAAGGUUAUGUUCAUGAAGACGCUUGCGGAGGGGAUCGCAGUGGCGAAGGAGAGGGAGGGGGCUGCUGGUGGUGAUUUUGAUGAUAAGGACUGUGGCGAAGAUGAUUAG